AAAAAUAUUCAAGAUGGGGACCCAAGUUUAGUAUCUCAAACGACAAACAUCGCAAAAAAGUUAAUUUUAGGAGUGUUUUAAGAUUAUUUACUACUUACAACAUCAGAUAAGAAAGGUCUAAUGUAACUAAAGCUUCCACAUGUGAACAAGUCAAUAGCCAUAGGCCGAUAGGCCUAUUUGAUGUUAAACAUAUGUUGGAGAAAAAUAUUUUAUAAAAUAGUAGGCCUAAAUACUACUAAAUAGUUAGAUUCUACUAGUACUAAUCUAGAUCUAGAUCUAGAAUCUAGAGAAUCUAGAUAUACUGAUAUAGAUUAUUCGGUAAAACUCCAUUUUAGCGUAUUUUAAAAAAGCAUUAGAACUGUUCCAAAAUACGAGCAAAUCCACAAGAAAAAUCAAAUAGACUAAACAUAAAAGGCAUCUAUGUGCUAAGUUUUAUCUUUAUAUCAUCAAUAACAACAUAGAUAUGCAGUAUGAAAAGUGACUUGUGACAUUCAUUGUAGAACUGCACCACACGCCUUAAUUGGGCUUAAUUAAGAAAUAACGCAUAGGGUCUGCAGACCUGUCGGCGACUUUACUAACUACACACCAUGUCAUAAUAUGGACAGAUGAGCACGCAAUACACCUGGAUUUGACAUGCCCACUAAUAAACAUGUACAGCGGAAACAAGCCAGUCAGGGCAAAGGUCAACGCCAUGAUUACCAUGGAAAAAAGUUUUUGUGCAAUAAUUCAUCAAUCUAAAGCUAUGGAAAACACAAACAACACUAAUGGUAUAGUUUGGGAGAGUUUAGUUAUGGCGAAACAGGAAUUGUGUGACGAAAUCAUUACAUUUAUGGACAUGAAAUCAGAUGAAACAUCAGCUAUUUCAAGUUCAGAAGAAGUACAAACAAAUAUAUCAACACUCUUUUCAAAUUCUGAAGAUGUAAAGCAAAAUGUAUCAACACAAUUUUCAACUGUUAAAGACAAAUACUCUGAGGAAACAAUGCAACUUUUAGCUUUAGAAGAUAAAAAUAUUUAUAAAACAAAGCCUUUGUUUAAUUUAGAAGAGAUGAAACAAGAUAACCCAACAUCAUUUUUAUCUUCUGAAGACAUGAAACCAAAUCUAUCAACAGUAUUUUCAAUUUUUGAAGAUAUAAAACCUGAGAUAUUAACAAUUUCAUCUUUGGAGAGUGAACAACAAAAUGUUUUCAAAGCACAGCAACAACUUUCUUCCCCAUCGGAUUCAACUAAUUUUAAAGAAAAUUUAGCAGUUUUAAAAUCAGAUCUUCAAAAUGAAUUAAAAGAACUCAAGUCAUUGCAUACAAAAUUGAUUGAUAAUCUCCCAACAGAAUAUCUGGUUAGCAAUAAGGGACUGAAGACAUACAAGUGUGAUAUGUGUUGUCAAAGAUUUUCCCAUUUUGAUCAUGUUAAACAACACAUAAACAUUCACACAAGGGUGAAUCCAUAUGGUCAUGAUUUUCAUCAGCAAGAAGUUGUUAUGAUCAGUCAGGGUGAACAGAUUAACAAAAUAAACCUAGAACAGGUAUACAAUAAGUCUAGUUUGUCUAAAAAGCUCACUACAAAGUCUAGUUUAUCCACACACACAAAUAUUCAUUCUGGAAUUAAUAAGCCAUAUGAAUGCUAUGUGUGUCAUAAAAAAUUUAAGCAUAAAGGUUAUUUAUCUAGACAUAAAAAUAUUCAUUUACCAGACAGACCAUAUGAAUGUGAUGUGUGUCUCAAAACAUUUUAUCAUAAAAGUGACUUAUCAAAUCAUAAAAAUAUUCAUUUACCAGAGAGACCAUAUGAAUGUGAUGUGUGUCAUAAAAAAUUUAAUUUUAAACGUUAUUUAUCAAGACAUAAAAAUAUUCAUUUACCAGAGAGAUCAUACGAAUGUGAUGUGUGUCAUAAAAAAUUUAAUUUUAAACGUUAUUUAUCAAAACAUAAAAAUAUUCAUUUACCAAAGAGACCAUAUGAAUGUGUGGUGAGUCAUAAAAAAUUUAAUCAUAAAGUUGAUUUAUCAGAGCAUAAAAAUAUUCAUUUACCAGAGAGACCAUAUUAUGAAUGUGAUGUGUGUCAAAAAAAAUUUAAGCAUAAAUUUCAUUUAUCUAGUCAUAAAAAUAUUCAUUUACCAGACAGACCAUAUUAUGAAUGUGAUGUGUGUCACAAAAAAUUUAGUCAUAAAAGUAGUUUAAUUACACAUAAAAAUAUUCAUUUACCAGAGAGACCAUAUGAAUGUGAUGUGUGUCACAAAAAUUUUAAUCAUAAAUUUCAUUUAUCUAGUCAUAAAAAUAUUCAUUUACCAGACAGACCAUAUUAUGAAUGUGAUGUGUGUCACAAAAAAUUUAGUCAAAAAUGUAAUUUAAUUACACAUAAAAAUAUUCAUUUACCAGAGAGACCAUAUGAAUGUGAUGUGUGUCACAAAAAAUUUAAUCGUAUAUUUCAUUUAUCUAGACAUAAAAAUAUUCAUAAACCAGAUAGACUAUAUGAAUGUGAUGUGUGUCACAAAAAAUUUAAGCAUAAAGGUUAUUUAUCUAGACAUAAAAAUUUUCAUUUACCAGACAGACCAUAUGAAUGAGAUGUGUGUCACAAAACAUUUUAUCAUAAAAGUGACUUAUCAAAUCAUAAAAAUAUUCAUUUACCAGAGAGACCAUAUGAAUGUGAUGUGUGUCACAAAUAAUUUAAUCAUAAAGGUAAUUUAUCAGACCAUAAAAAUAUACAUUUACCAGAGAGACCAUAUGAAUGUGAUGUGUGUCAUAAAAAAUUUAAUUUUAAACGUUAUUUAUCAACACAUAAAAAUAUUCAUUUACCAGAGAGAUCAUACGAAUGUGAUGUGUGUCACAAAAAAUUUAAUCAUAAAAGUGACUUAUCAAAACAUAAUAAUAUUCAUUUACCAGAGAGACCAUAUGAAUGUGAUGUGUGUCAUAAAAAAUUUAGUCAAAAAGGUUCUUUAUCUACACAUAAAAAUAUACAUUUACCAGAGAGACUAUAUGAAUGUGAUGUGUGUCAUAAAAAUUUUAAUUAUAAAGGUAAUUUAUCAAUUCAUAAAAAUGUUCAUUUACCAGAGAGACCAUAUAAAUGUGAUGUGUGUCACAAAAAAUUUGAUUAUAAAUGUAGUUUAUCUAAACAUAAAAAUAUUCAUUUACUAGAGGCCAUAGGAAUGUGACAUUUGUCAUAAAAAGUUUGCUCUUAAGUCUAGUUAAUGUACACACACACAACAUUUCACUCAGGACUUUAAGCCACCUGAAUGUGUUGUUGGUCAUUAAAUUCUCUUUCACAAGGAUCUUUAAUUAUCUGUAAAUAAAAUUGUUGCUUUUGUACUUAUAUCACAUUGUGUAGGCUGAAAACACACCAUUAAUGUUUGUCAUACAGGAUAUAAUACUCUUCAUUCAUAGUAUUAUUUGUCAUACAAAGUAUUACUAAUGAUUAAAAUGCUAUCUAGACAUUUCACACAGGGGAAGAAAAACUACAUGGAUAAAAUGGAUGUCAUGAAUAACCAUAGCACAUUUAUUAUCUUGUACAAGGUGUUAUGGCUAGCCUUGUUCAGGUUUUUUGGAAAAUAUGAUGGCUAAAUUCUUACCCUUUACAUUACCAAUACAAUUAAUACUAACCACUAAUAAACACCACCAUUCUAAAUGUACAAUUAUAAUUUGAAUCAUUGAAGUAAUACUCUAUAUUUUUCUAUAUUGAAUAUAUUCCAUUUUAUGCAAUUCUAAAUUUUGUAUAAAUAAUUAUUUAACCCAUUAAGUUGAACAUAAUUAUGAUAAUUAUAGUGAGGAACAAAAUGUAUUAAUUAAUGUAGCUGUAAAUGAUUAAAUUUUUAAGACAUAAGAUACAAUUUAUUAUUAUGAUUAUUAUUGAUGUUUAAUUUAUCUUUUUUUUUAAAGACAUAAUAAAUA